AUGCAGGCGCCCGCCGCGCCCGAGGGCUCUGCGGCUGGGGCCGCCCCCGCCGCGGAUGCGGGCGCUGCCCUGCCUGUCCCUCGGGAUGCUGCGCAGCAGCAGCCCGCCGCACCACCGCCGGGCCUGCUCAAGGCGCGCCUGCGCGAGCGCACCGACGCCGCGCUGCGCGCCGUGGCGGAGGCGUACGCCGUGGCGGUAGAGGCCGCCAGGGUCGGGUCGCCCGGCGAAGCGGCGGCCGGCGGCUGCGCGCUCGCGGUGCACCGCGCCACCAUGGCCCGCGCGGCCGACGACCUGCUGAGGAUCGCGGGGGAGGUCGGCUGCGUGGGCGCCGCCGCGCGGGCGCCCGCCGCCGCCGCGGAGGCCGAGGGGCAGCGCCUGCUCCACCUGCAGGAGGAGCGGGCCGCGCUCGCCCACCUGCGGGAGCGCGGGGCCGGCGGGCCCCUGUGGCCAGCGCUGCCCGCCGCGGCGGCGGCCCGCGCCGGCGCGGAGGCCGCCAAGAGGCCCCGGAGGGCGCCGGGGGAGCCGCCGGGCCGGCUGCUGCCAGCCUGGGCGGGCGCCGAGAUGUUCCAGCAGGGCUCCCUGGGCGUGCGCGGGGACCGGCCGCCGUGA